UAUUCGACUCGACUUCACCACGACAGAAUGCCAACACUCCAGCCCUCAAUCACCCAUCAUCUGACAAUGCUGCCAAUAGUGCCGUCGCCAACUCCCGGCCGUGCAGCCAAGCGAGAAGAAAGAAAAGAAGAAAAAAACGAAACGACAUCGUCGUCGCGUUUUGACAGAUCUUCUUAAAAGUCUGCCACAACAUCACGAGAGCAAUAAAAGUAAAUAAAUAUCGGGCCCACAUCUCCCCAGAAACUUGUGAAAAAUGCAAAAAUCCUAAGUGAAGUGAGCCGUGUGCACGUCCGUGCCGUUUGUAACCGCGUGAAAUGAGUGCGUGCCGCGAUUUUUCCACGGGAAAUGUUCGCAGCGAAAUCUCGUUUUCUAACUUUUGCUCUUGGCUGCUGCUGCUCUGGUCGUUGUCGUUGUCCUCUGCAUCCGUGUUGCCGUGGUUUCGGUCGUCGUCCGCCCGUCUGUGGCCCGCCGAGGAACUAUUUUGAAGGCUUGGAAUUUUCAACGCGGCCGUCGUGGAAGUGGUUGCCGUCGCGAUCGCGGUCUUCUGGGCAGUUGGCGCCUUCGGCGAGUUUUGCUCCUUCCGAGAUUUCUCUGCGGUCGCGAGUGUGUCUGACGACGAGUGGUGGCUGGCUGGACGUUUGCGUUGACAGUGGCUGUGCCCGCGGAGGUGCGAGCCUGGUGUCCUGCCGCCUGGCCCAGUGAGAUGUGGUGCGGUGACCGUGCGUGAGCAAAGGAGUCUACGUGUCGCGGGACCUGCAGUGUGCGUGCAGGUCGAGGUCCUGGCUAGCCCGCUCCAGGAAACCCAGCCCCGGAUCGCUGCCGUGAAGUGGUUGUUUGUGCGCCAAAAACUGGACGAAAGCCGAAUCGGAAAAUUGCUUUUCCGCCGCAACGCCAAUGAGUCGUCGACAGUCUGUGGACCGUCCAGGAAUACUAUCUCCUCCGGGUCCGUUUUUGACGCCCAGCCCAUCACCUUCGAUACCUGCUAGCCCCAGAUUACAACCGUCACCGUCGCAGUCACCAUUUUCUCAUGAUGUGCUAAUAGUAACAAACAAUACAAUUACCAACACGACUCAGGAGCAAGAACGCAAGGCGGCGACGCCUAGCAGACGCCCAUCUAUUCAUCAAAUCAACAGCGGUAGUCCAAAUGCAGGGACGGUGGUAUUUCAGCCAAGUCCAUCACAAUCACCGGCAGCUGCACAAACAGUUGUUGGAAUCACAGGAAAUGAAUUUAAUACAACACUUGUUGGAUCCAAUAACAUUUCUUUGAAUAAGAAAACUGGAAAACGAACCCCACAGUCAUACAUAAAUUAUGGUCAUGGAGGGACAGUCGCCACAUCGGGGUCAUUUGCGACGUCGACGGUGGCUAAUAGCCCGAAAGGGUCGUCGAAAAAAGCAUCAUCAACGAUCCAAAGUCCAAUGACAAAUCCAUCGAGUAGUCCAGUAACCAAUGAAAGUCCGAUUGCAAGUCCAAGUAGUUCACUUAAGCCACCAACACCACAACCGAUGCUGCAAUCGUUACCUGUGAUGAAUGCUGGCAAUCAUUUAUUGCAAUUCAUACAAGGACCACAAUUGAUCACGGCAGCGCAAACGACAAUUGCAAAUCAGCAAAGAUCUCAACAAAUUACUUCGUCGUCAUUAACGCAAAGUCAGAAUACGUCAAGUGGUCAAUCGAUGUCAUCAUCAUCAUCAUCAAAAAACUCACGAGGUCAUCAGCAAAUCUUACCAAAACCUCAGCAAACAUCAUCAAGCCAACCGUCAGAUAAAACUUCCAUGGCACAUUCGAAGGGAGUUACUGUUCAGCAGCAAUCGAACCAAAUACAACAGUCGUCACAGCACCAACCCGUUGUGACGAGUGCUGGCAACCAGCAACAGGGGGGACAGCAGAUCAUCCUACCAACAGGAAAUUUGAACACGCAGCCUCUUCUCCUGAACCAAAUGCCAGUCAUAGUGCAGCAAAAUACUCCUCAGGGAGUUCAACUAAUACUUAGGCCGCCUACGCCUCAACUAGCAGCUCCAUCUCUAGUAAUCCACAACACUAGGCCCCAACUGCAACAACCCCAGCCGCAACAGCUACUGCGGAUCCUAAACACCAACGGAACUAUGCAAUUGGCAGCGGCACCCACCUUCAUUGUAUCAUCUCAAGCGAACUUAAUCCAGCAAAACUUGCAAACAAUCAAGGCCAACACACAAACAACCCCAAUCACGCAGCUAAGCGGACUACAAACCACACCCCGAUCUAACAUUGCGGCUGCAUUCAAUAGUCAUAUAAUUGGGCAAAGUAUGGCUCAGCUUCAAAAUCUUCAGCUCAACGGUAAUUUAGCUCAAAUUCAGAUGCCAAACGGUUUGAAUGGACCAAUAAUAUCACAAUUACCGACACAAUUCCAACAUUUGCCCGCUGGAUUCAAUCAACUGAAUUUGAAUCAGUUAAAUAGCACAAAUUUGCAACAGCAAAUCGCUGCUGCAGCGGCCGCUGCAGGAGCUGCUGCUGCAUUUCAAUCUCCUCCACCUCCUCAGGUUAGUGAAAUCCAGAUGCCGUCCGUUGUGUCGGCACAGAAUAUUCAAUUCUCGGCGAAUAGUACGCCAGUGAAUUUAUCUCAAUCGGUCACACCGCAACCGCAACUAAUACAAUCCGUCACGCCAGAACCGGCUCGCAAUCCGACACCAACACUGCAAAAUGUCAUUCCUCAUCAAGGUACCACGACGGUUCUCGUGCAGCCGGAUAGCGCUAUGCCGCAUCAAGCUGCAACGACAGCUGCGAUAGUGGCCAAAGCGACAGGUACUAAAUUGAAUAGCAAUGAUAGUGCAAACAUGAACGAAACCCAAAUGAACACAGCAAGCUCGACGACAAAACCCCCGAAGAAGCCGAAACCGCGUAAAAAGAAAGCCCAGACAAAUGUUCCGACAACGACACAGACAACGAUUACAACAAGCACCGCGGCAUGUUCAAUUGCUCCAGUGCUCACGUCGUCAACUGCUUCCAAACCCACUAAAAAGGACAACCAGAAGCAACAGAUCCCUCAGCCAGUACCGCAGCAGAGUGUGCAACCAAGCCCGGUAACAAGCACGGGCAAACUUGACCUUGCGAAUGUGAUGAAACUGUGCGGCAUCAUGGAAGAUGAUGACUACAUGGACACGGAAACAGAACCCGUAAUGCAUCAACAGCAGCAUGAGGAGAUGUCGAAACAAGCGAUACCCCAACAGCCCCAAAUAAACAUGGAACCGCAAUCGCAACACAACAUGUCAGUAGCUCCUAAUUCGGUCGCAAACAGCAGUGAUAUAAUGAUAACAAUUCCCGGUCAAAAUAGUGAUAUCCCUUUCACAUUUACUAUUCCAACGAGUCACUGUGAUACAGUCAAUCAGGUGAAGCCGCUGGUUACAGUCACCGGCAAUAGCACGGACCCAGCUAGCAUUGGCGGUGGUAAUACUAACACUGAACUGAAAUCAAACGCAAGUUUUGAUUCUCAGAAUAUUGUGAUAAAAAUUGACCAAAUUGACAAUGUUCCACCGUACACAAUAACGAUCCCACGGGAAGAGAUCCAGCAGAGUAUACAGCUUGCUCAGCAGCAGCAGCAGACUCAACAGCAUCAGCAAACCCCAUCGAACCUGCCGCUGCAACCACAAUUGAUGCAGCAACAGCAGCACGCGCCCCGCUCUGUAUCGGUGACGAUAAACAACUCUGGCUGCGUUACAUCUCUCGCAAGCUCCUCAUCUGCUCCCAACAUAACGAGCAGCAACACGCCCACUACGUUUGUCAAUUCGCACAUAACCCUUCAAAGUCAAAUCAAUGAGAUCCAGAAUCAGUUGAUUGGUGUUACCCCCACGUCUAGUGGACAGUCGGGAUCAAUGCAAAUGUCCGCACCACAACCUAGUGUUCAAGUCACAUCGACAACUGUAACUUCACAGCAAUCAGUAACCACGCAAAUCUCAUCGAUGAGCACUACAACUACUCCAACAACAACUACAACGACUGCUGCAGUAAAACCAAGACGCAAGCCUGCGGCCAAGCGUAACGGGAAGAAAGUAGAAACGAUCCCUACCCCAGUUGGUAAUGUUCCUAGCCAAAUUGGCAACAUUCAAAUCUCACAAGUUGAUGCGACGAAAAUCAAUGCCAAUCAAUCUUUGCCAAUUAGCAACGUAGUUGAGAACAAAAUACAAAUAAUGCCUAUAAUCGAUACGUCGAAGACACCUCAAAAUCAAGGCAAUCAGCAGCUACAGCACGGACUACAACUACAACAGGGACAUUCACAGCCGCAACUGCAAACCUUGCACCAACAGCAACCGAUGCAGCAGCAGCAGUUCAUUCCUCCGUCAAGCAUUCAGACAAUUCCAAACGAUCCCAACAAGAACCUCCCUGACAAUCGCAAUUUGCAUAUAUCUGCUCAACCGUCCACCACCAGUGCAAAUAUCUCUCUGCCAAUGGUUCCCCAUCAAAACUCCCCAACAGCUACUGUGUUCCCUCAACUGACUGGAAGUCUGAGUCUCACGUUUGAGGAGGACGGCGGUCGGUUCAUUCUUCGUCAUGAUCCCAACCUACCGCAGGAUCCGCAAUCACAAAUAAUCCUUCAAGCGAUUCUAAGUGGAGCUUUGUGUAAUGUUACGAUUGUGAAUGAGCCUUUCGACAAGAGUAAGGCACUCAAAAACAAUGUUACCCUGAAUUCAUCGAACGUUUCGGUUUCGAGUGGUAAUACUAUUCCCCAACAAAUGCCACAAAUGCAUCAACAACAACCACCACAACAGAAUAUAGCUCCAAAGUGCAAUACUUUGCCGCAAAUGCAAAACAACAAAAAUUCUUUACUAGGCCAGCAACCAAUUCUGCAACCCUCAAGCAUUGCUCCAACGCCUUCUAUUCUCUCGAAUGUAACAACUCAACCGAUGCCCUCUAACGAUCAACAGAAGCGAUUGCCGGAGGUGAAGAAAUCAGAGCCACCGAUGGCGAUGGUUAAUGCGACUCCAUCCAUAGUUGUCAACCCGACAUCGCCGAAACUGGUUGCACUCCCGAAGGUCGAUGCCAAUCAGCAGCUGUUCACUCUGAAUACAAUCACGAAUCAGAUAACUCACAUCAGUCCUAAUCAAACAACUGCUGCUCUUGGUCCCAUGGAACGGCUCCUCAUCGUCCCUGUAGGAAUCAAUGCUCAACAACUGGCCGAAUGUUUGUCUCAGGGGCAGAUCCACUUCAAUAACAUCGGGCAAGCAACACAAGCAUCAGAAUCACAUAUCCAAUCGCAACCUCAGCCAACACCGCAGCUGCCGCCACAAAAUCUAAUUCCAACAUCACAACCUCCCACCCAAAUACAGCAACAAAUAGUCCGACCCCAACAGCAUCAGUCGAUUCAACCGUUACAACAAAACCCUCCAGCAAAACAAGUGGCAAAUGUUGCACCAAUAAUUGAUGCAAGUAAAGCAAAGGCAGAGGUGAAGCCGAAGAAAGCCCCGAAACCGAGAAAACCCAAAGCUUGUAACGAGAACAUCAGCAAGGCAGUGAAACCAAUCAAAAAGUUAGACUUAAGUACUAAACCCUCGGCUAACCCUGUACAGAUUGUACAACCAAACACUGCCACCAAGGAUCUCCCGCAAAAUCAACAACAACAGCAAGGCCCGGCUCAGCAUUUGAUGCGUGGCAAUUCGGCCUCAAACAUCUCAACAUCAGCAUCGAGCAACAUUCACCCAUUUCAAACCACCCAGUCAGGGAACAAGCUGGUAGGCGUCACGGCUCCAAUGCAGCAGAUUUCGCAACAACAACGAAACACCAUGAAUAAUAAUCAGUGCAAUACUAGCAAUAGUAGCAACAAUUUAAGUACAAACACAAGUAAUAUCAUGGCUGUAAGCAAUAUGGCAUCUAAUCAACCACCAAUGCCGCCCGCAAGUAACGCUGGCAACAAUCAGGUGAACGUUUCAGGUAUUCAUCCGGCCGGAGUUCACUUACCAACCGUCACGGUCACUCCGAAAUCUCAACCGGACGUUGCACAACAAAUGCCUCCAUUGAUAAGUGUCAAUGCCACGCCUCCAGUUCCGCGUAUACAAACUAUUCAACUUACGCCACAACAGCAGCAGCUACUGAAAACCGUGCAAACCCAGAUACAGCAGCUUUCGUCGCGCCUUCAGAAUAAGAGUCUUCUGGCGAACUUGAAUAUUCCCUCCGAUUUCAAUCCAAGCAAUCCGAUCUAUAAUAAACCGUUGCCGCAAUUGAAUAAUAUCCACAGCAUGAACGAUACUGAGAUUCAUGCUGCCCUGCAGCGACUGUUUAUUGAACAACAGAAGAUUUUGGCUUCAGGAAAACUGAUACCAACGAUCCCUGCGCCUUCACCACAUGCUUUCAUGACAUCGGCAUCUCCAUCGCCGGUACCAUCGCAACCGGUUCCGUCACCGUCACCUUCACCCACUCAAGCUCCGAGUCAUCAACAACAACCCCUUACAUUUCAAAACAAGCCAGUUUCAACACCAACACCAAAUCUGCACAAUACAACCAAUCUUAUGCCAACCACGCUAUUGAAAAAUGAGGGGCAAUCGAUUCCUGCGAAUAUCGUCCAACCUAACAAUCACAAUUCAACUGCAAACAACUCUCCUAACAACACUGGAAAUCAACAAAGGAUCCACAUUUACCCGAUGCAACAUCAAUCCCAAUUGCAACAACCGCAACCAUACCUCCAACAGCAGCCACCGCCACAGCAGCAAAUUCAACCCCCAGCAAUAAACACCCAACCGGAGAUCCAGGCACAGCAUGUACAAAUGCAAAUCCAUCAUCUCCAUCCGCAACAACAGCAACAACCUACUCAGUCUAUCUCACCACAAUCGCUAUCAUCGAAUACUCCACGACCUUUGUUGCAAUCCACACCAAUCAAGCAACAAACAGCGCCUCAGUUCAUCCAACCCCAAAUGCAGCUAACUCCACCGCAACAGCAGCAACAACAACAGCAACUUCAGCAACCGCAACUUCAACAACCGCAGCAACAACAACAAACUCUAUCAGUUCAACAGCAACUUCAACAGAUCUCGCCUUCGAAUCUACAUCGGCCGAAUCAGUUUCAACCAUCCCCGCAUCAACAAUCAAUGUCCAUACCAACUACGGUGACAGCUAUUGAAAAUGCUCAGAAGCCAGUCAUUGCCACCUCGAUCGAGGCAACUCCACCACCACCUCAAAUGCCUACACCUUCAAUAGUGCAGCCACCGACGACGCCUGUGACGGUUACAAUAAAAACAGAGUCACCGAUCGACAUGAAACCUGUGGAAUCACCAGCGCCUGUAGCAAGCCCAAAGCCUAAAAUUCCACGGCAUUGUUUGUUCGAGAGGCAGUUGAAAGUUGAUCAGGAUGCUUGCAUCAAUCCGGACUAUAUGACACCGUUCCAGAGUAAGGAGGAUGCUGUGAAGCGGUUGAUAAGAUAUCAUUGCAUGUACCAACAGGAUGAGACCAUUCCAUCAGAUGAGGAAGAGGAAUUGGAAAAAUUGGCUCUCAAUUUCAAGGAAAAGUUCAGGGAAAUCGCCAAUAAAUAUCAAUAUCUGCUUUUGCAGGAAUCAAUGCGCUUACAUCGUACUUCAGAGCUGUGUUUAGUUAAUGAACUUCUCGUCACAGAUGCACAAACUGAGCUUAAGGAAUUGCGCGAAGAAUUCCUAAACGCUGCCUCACUGAAUAGCAAUAUUUACCAUCAAACCACUGCAUACACUUCUAAUAUGCUAACAUCUAACAAUACGUUAAGUAGUAAUAAUAGCAAACUUAUAAAAAAGGAACCUGAAAGUGGAAUACAAAUGUCCAAACUACAUAGCGAAGAUUUUCAUCUACAAAGCGAGUUUCAGCAACAACAACGCCAAUAUCAUCAUGCAAAUUACCAGAAUAGCCAACCAUUUGGUAAUAGUCAGACAACAACACAGGAACUGCAACAAUUCCGGCACAUCAACAACCCGAAUCUUCCCCAUAAAUCACUCGCAAACCCCAGUGGUAACAGUAGUGUUUCAGUUAAAAGCGAAAUUAAAUCUGAACCACGCGAUAUGAUAUUCGACAAAUGUGAUAAUCAAAACCCUCCUCACGAAAGCAACAAAGUGAUGAACAAUCGCACCCUGGCUGGUUCUGCUGGGGCAAUUGGAAGCAGCGCAGCAAACGAUGCAAAUUUGACUGGCAGCGUAUCUAUGUCUUCUGUGCACGCGUUCAACAACAGCUGCAAUAAGAACUUCAACAAUUUUACCGUGAAGGACGAAAAGGAUCGCAAUAUAUAUAGCAAUAAUAGUUUAGAUAUUCCAACGACGAACACAACCUUUUCCUCCUCGAAAAAUUCCAAUUUUGUGAAGCGCGAGAUGGAUAGCUUCGAUAUUGAGUCCGAGAUUACUCCGAGCUUCAUCAUGAAGAAAAUGGAAUCCAAUAGUUCAUCGAAUCAAAUGCCACCAGCAACAAAUGCAGCUGAACAUGAUAGUUUGGCUAAUAAUGGGUUUUCGAUGGAUUAUUUCAUGAGCUCGAAUAGUCAAACGACUGCGUAUGGUUCGACAAACUCAUCAUCUUUACAUGUGAGCGAGCAGUUGAACGUGAAGAAGAAAGAGGACGACGAUGUGGCCAAGGCUGAACAGUACGAUGAAUGGCUGUGCAUUCAGAAGGAACUCAAUCUGAUAACUGAGAAGAAAGCGCAAGUCAACAUCACGAAUCACGAGCAGAAACUGUCGGAAAUAUUCGAUACUCCUAGCAAUAAGUCGGUGGAGAAUCAUUUGUCUGAUCUGUUCAAUUCGAAUUCGUCCGUUGAGAGCACGAUGGAGACGAGCAGCAGCAGCAAUAAGGACCAUCACAAUAUGUCGGUUGCAAGCAACUUGCAUUUGUCAGAGUUCUUCAAUCCGGACUCGAUUGCAAGCAAGUCGGUGGAGAAUCGCCUGGAGGCAAUGUUCGGAGGAUCUCCGGUAGUUGAGAAAACCGAACAAGACACAGUCGAAUCGCGGUUAGAAGAAAUCUUCAACGGUUCCACCUCACCUCAGUCGCAUUACGCAAUGAUAAACACGCCCACGCAAAACAAAAGACAAUGGAACAGCAGCGGAGAUCUAAUGACACCAAAUACGUCUGCAUCGUCAACAGCAAACAACUACAAUAAACAACGAUCCUGCAUGGUUAGUUCGUACCUGGAAGAGUCACAUGUCACCUCCAAUCAUCCCCGAUGGAUAAUAGAUCAAAAUCAGUUCGACUUUAUAACGGAUCCCUCAGCCACUGCACCGAAUGACUCGUCAAGCGGACGUAGCAAGCGUUCGUGGAACGGUGAUAUAUCGAGCAGCAUCGAGCAUUUGACUAGCAAUAAGAAAAUGUGCUUCAAUAGUAAAGUUGAGUCUGAUUUAGAACACGAUCUCUUAGGGUUAGGUAGCUCAGAGUCAAACGACGCGAUAGCCAAUGAGUUACACAACAUGAGCCAACACAGUGCAAUGCAGGACAACAGCUCGCAUAUGCACCAGAACAUGACGCAUUUGCACAACAACAUAAUGAUGCAAAUGCAGGCGUCGGGUACAGUGCAUCAUAUGCAGCAGCAACAGCAACCGAUGCAUGACCACCAGCAGCAUCAUCCCCACCAUCACCAUCCACAUCACCAGCAAAUGCAGGCGAACACUUCCCUUAUGAGUCAAUCCUCGUCCAUUUUCGAGAACACGAUGAAUAACACUUCCGGAAAUGCUAACAUGAGUGGAAGUAGCAGCAGCACCAGCAUCUCCUCGAACUUUGACGAGGAUAUCAAUCGGCACGUUCAAAAUGCGAUUGACAGCAUUUUGAAUUUGCAUAGCAGCGAGAAUGACUCCUUGAACUUUUCGUUGGAGCAUUCGAUGGGCUCAUUCCUUACGGACAGCCCCCUCGAUCAACCGUCGCAUCAUAACCCCGCUGUGAUUCAGGGAUCGGCGACGAACACGCAUUGUGUUUUGUCUUCGUCCGUGGGCGGCAAGCAACGGCGACAUCUCAAUCGAAUGGAUGAUCUUGGAGACUGUUUGAUUAGCGGGGCUGGUAUGGGAAACCAGGCGGACAAUGGUGGAAUGAUGGUUGACUCACCGACGUCUGUUGUCAUGUCGGGCGGAGCUAAUGUUAGUGGUAAUGGCAUGGCGUCGGCGACUAUGGCUGAUUUCAGCUGUGUGACCGGAAUUGAGGAGGCUGUAAAAUCGAUAAUGACUUCUUGACAGCUUCCUAUAAAUUUAAUUGAAUUCAAUACGGCAACAUUGUAAGGUUAGUGCAGGAUGUGAAGUGGUCAGGAGUUGUUGGGUGGGAUAGGGACUCUUGGUUGGUGGUGUUUGUUUUUGUUGAUUGUGAUGAAGGGGCUGGCGGGUGUGAUUUUUCGUAUCAAGGCCAGUUUUUUUUACUUAACGAAAUAUUUAAAUGUUUUUUGUUGUAAAGACGCUGAUAGAAUUCUGUGUUCAGGACUUACAGGAAUAAAGUUGGAUUUAAAUAAUACUCAGAGGGGAAACCAUAUUUAUUUUUUCAUUUUGAAUUAACUAUUCAGCGAUUAAUCACGGCCUGAAACUAAAUGAAGAUGAUCGAAGGAUGCCUUAGAAAACGGCAAAACCCGGUAGGUGGACACUCCUCAACGGUUGGCCUUAAGUGACGGCUGAAAUGGGAGCAAACAAAGUGAAAUGGGAGCGAUUGGAUCACAAGCAGAGAAUGGAGCCCAUUUUAAGGGGUUUACACGAACUCGUGUACCCUGUGCAGCGUUUCAGUGCCGAAAUAUGAAACUGCGGGUCACUUGGGCUGUAUCUAUUGGCAUUUUUGGCAGUUCGCACUCUACGCAUAGAACAAGAGUUUGUUCUAAAAUUUUCGUCCUAACAUUGGGCCCAAGGGACUGUAUCCGUGCUUCAGUUGGGAACGGUCUUUAACUAAUUGCAGAAUGUGAACUGCCAUGAAUUUGUUCAAAGGCAUGAGGUGCCGAAGCAAUCUAACAACUCUGCAGGGGACAGAAUUUUUUUCACAAUCAGGACUUAACAGAGAGAACCCGUUCAGAUAAUUGAACCUUUAAAUCUUAAGCAAAGAGAAACAAAAGAUGUUUGUAAGCAACAACCGUAGUUUGUAACGAAAUCAGAAUAUUGAAAUCUUUAGAAUAUACAUAAAUACUAUAAAAACACACACAAGGAAAUAAUUAUAACAGAAAUGAUAAAAAUUGUGGUUCAAUUUGUACAUAAUAAUCUUAACUUUUAGUGAUUUGUUUUCUAAUGGUAAGCUCUAGGCUAAUUCUAAGGUAACUUAUAAGACAGGUACUAUUGUGAACGUUGAGAUAAAAGAACAAUGAAUGAAAUAAUAAAAAGAAAAUCAUCAAAAAAAAAACAAAACAACCGAGCAAAAAGGGUAAACUAAGAGACAAACAAAUAAAAAACGAGAAAAUCUAAAUACAAAACAGAUUGCCGUCGUAAUAUUGUGUCGUAUUGGGAGAAAACCUUCAAAGAUAACAAGAAAUCAUCUCUUUUUUUGUAUGUUUAACGAAAAAGCAAAAUAAAAACUCGAUCAUUAAACAAAAAAAUGUAAUAAUGGUGUAGAAUGUAGUGAGAAUUUAACGCAACACAAAACAACACAAGAAAACACCCAACUUUAGCUUCAAUUUCGAUUUCUGUCGGUAUCUUAAGCGUAACCUUUUUAUUUUAUUUGUAUUUUUAAAAUGGAAAUUAUUAAUUAUUAUUAUCUAUUCAAUUAUAUUGUCGAUGGUAUUUUUAAUCGUAUAUAGAUCAAAUUGAAAAUAAUUUAUUAAAUGUUUUAAAUUUAAAUAUGAAUAAUAAUUAUAAAGAGUAAGUGAUGAUGAGAAGAUACAAAACAAAUUCGAUAUGAUAAAUGAUCAUUUUUUUAGCUAAUUAUGUAUAUUGAUUGAGAAGUUUAAUAUAAAGAAAAAUAUGAAAAAAAAGCUAUAGAAAAAAUUGUAAGAAAAACAAAAACGUGGAGAAUGUUAAAUACAUAUAAUUUAUCAAAAUGGAAAA